AUGAUCUGUCAAUCUUUUUUACUAGGUAAUCUAGUAUCCUUAGGCAUGAAGAUAAUCAAUUCGGUCGUUGUGGUCAGACUCUAUUAUGGAUUUUUGACCACAUUCACCAUAGGGCCCUCUUACCUUUUCCUUCUCCGAUCUCAGGUUAUGGAAGAAGGAGAGGAAGGAAUUGAGAAGAAAGUAUUAGUAGCAACUGGUUUUAUUAUGGGAUAGCUCAUGAGGUUCAUAUCGAUCUAUUAUACGCCUCUGCAUCUAGCAUUCGGUAGACCUUAUACAGCAAUUGUCCUAGCUCUACCCUCUCUUUUGUUUCAUUUCUUCUUGAACAAUCACAAACACUUUUAUGAUUAUGGAUCUACUAGUAGAAAUUCAAGGCGUAAUCUCAACAUUCGAUGUGUAUUCCUGAAUAAUCUAAUUUUUCAAUUAUUCAACUAUUUCAUUUUACCAAGUUCAACGUUAGCUAGAUUAGUCAACAUUUAUAUGUUUCGAUGCAACAACAAAAUGUUAUUUGUAACAAGUAAUUUUGUUGGUUUGUUAAUUGGUCACAUUUUAUUCAUGAAAUGGGUUGUAUUGGUAUUAGUCUGGAUACAGCAAAAGCAUUCUAUUCGAUCUAAUAACUACCUUGUGUUAGAAUUAAGAAAUUCUAUCUCUCGAAUCUUUAGUAUUCUCUUCUUUAUUGUUAUCUACUAUUUAGGCAGAAUGUCGUCACCUAUUUUUACUAAAAUGAAAGAAACCCCAAAAACGAAAGAAAAUAAGGAAGAAACAAAACAGGAAGAAGAGGGAUUCAUCGAAGAAGAUCCUUCUCCUUCCCUUUUUUCGGAAGAAAAGGAGGAUUCAGACAAAAUUAAAAUCGAUGAAAUGGAGAUCCGAGUGAAUGGAAAGGACAAAACAAAGGAUGAAUUCCACUUGCACUUAAAAGAACCAUGUUAUAAAAAUAGCCCAACUUUGUUACAAAUACUUAAAGAAGAAAAGAAAAACUUCUUCUGGUUUGGAAAUCCCUUCUUUUUCUUCUCUUCGACUAUAAAUGUUGGAAUCGUCCAACGCCAUAUAUAA